CACACACACACACACACACAUUGAGUAUGUGUGACGUGUCCCUGUGUCUCUGAAGUCAGUCUGUCCCUGCACCUGUCCACACAGACACCUGUCUCACUGAACAAGUCCCAGUUAUGUUGUCCUCGAUCACCCACUUCCUACGUGUUGGGGUCUCUGGUUGCCAAGGAAGCAGCCGCUCCAUGGCAACCAUCAUCUCUGGCAACAAGACGUCCAAGUUGGUUAGGGAGAGGCUGAGGACAGAGGUGGACAAGAUGAGGACUGAAGUCUCAGGAUUCAGACCCAGUCUUCUGGUUCUACAGGUGGGACAUCGAGACGACUCCAACCUCUACAUCAGCACCAAACUGAAGGCUGCUGCCGAGAUCGGAAUCGACGCAAAACAUGUGAGGCUCCCGAGGACGGCGACACAAGACGACGUCUUGCAGAGCAUCUUGUCCAUCAACGAGGACGAGUCUGUCCACGGUCUCAUCGUCCAGCUCCCUCUGGACUCUGUGAACCAGAUCAACACUGAACUCAUCACCAACUCUGUGUCUCCAGACAAGGACGUGGACGGUCUGAGUUGUAUUAAUGCAGGGAAGUUAUCUCGAGGUGACCUGAACGACUGUUUUAUUCCCUGCACUCCGAACGGCUGCAUGGAGCUCAUCAGACAGACAGGUAUGACUGUGGAGGGAAAACAUGCAGUUGUGAUUGGUCGCAGUAAAAUUGUUGGCGCUCCAAUGCAUGACCUGUUGCUAUGGAAACAUGCUACUGUUACCACCUGUCACUCAAAGACACCUGAUCUACCUGAACAGGUGAGCAGGGCUGACAUCCUGGUGGUUGGAGCAGGAAGAGCAGAGAUGGUCAGAGGAGAGUGGAUUAAAGAAGGAGCUGUGGUCAUAGACUGUGGGAUUAACCAUGUACCAGAUGAGACAAAAGCGAGUGGUAAACGUGUGGUUGGAGACGUCCACUUUGCUUCAGCCAAUCAGAGAGCGGGAUUCAUCACACCUGUUCCAGGAGGGGUGGGGCCAAUGACCGUGGCCAUGCUCAUGCAGAACACAGUGCAGAGUGCUAAGCGUUUCUUGCUCUGGAGGAAAAUGUCACAAUAAAGAAGAAGAAGAUUCAGUGGAUGAAGAUGAAGCUGCUGCCACACGUCAUCAUGUCGCCCCCUGCUGGACAAGUCUCUCUGUGAUCAAACUUCCUGUUGCAAAAGCUAAACUGUUUCCUACAUUGAUUUGAUCAAAGGAUCAUUUGAUUUGUGUAACUAACACAGGUGAGAUCCAACACGUUCUGUGGGUGUGGAAACUCAGUUUCCCAGCAUGCACCUGGUCGUCCCUCAGUUCAGCUCUCUGCUGACACCUGCAGGUCACUCAGUGAAAUGAUGAUGAUUCAUGAUUUGUUGUUUGAACUUUUAUUAAACCAAACAAACGUUUACACAAAUUCAUUCAAAAUUCAGAAAAAAACUUCAUAUUUUAUUUGUUUGUGUGUUUGUUUUUGUUUAUGUUCUCAUGACAGAUGUGAUUUAUGGAUUUAACACAAAACACAACGUCACAAGUGAACAAUCAGACAUUGACUGAUCAAUAAUCAUCUUUAAACACUGUAACCCUUUCAAAAUAAAAUGUUCCUUCUGGAUUUUUCCAGUUGACGUCUUUCA